UUUAUUACCGGAAUCGCGAUAUAGAUGCCAGGCGGUAAUAAUUGGGAUUUAUAGACUGAGUGCUCCGCUUAAAAUCCGGACAGUUAGCGUGUGGCUAACAAGUUUGAUUUUAAGGAUGAAGACAGGCAGCAGCAGCAGCAGCAGCAGCAGCAGCAUCAUGGACAUGUUUGAACAGGGGAAAGUGCUGAAGGUCUGCGCCCCUAUGGUCCGAUAUUCAAAGUUGGCGUUCAGGUCUCUGGUCAGGAAGUACAACUGUGACAUCUGCUUCACCCCGAUGAUAGUUGCAACUGACUUCUUGCGAUCCGUCAAAGCCAGAGACAGCGAGUUCACCACCAAUGCACGCGAUCGGCCCCUCAUUGUGCAGUUUGCUGCUCAUGAUGCCCAGACCCUGGCUGAUGCGGCUUGUGCGGUGGCACCUUUCUCCGAUGGAGUUGACCUCAACUGUGGCUGUCCUCAGAGAUGGGCUAUGUCAGCUGGUUAUGGUGCAUGCCUCAUUAACAAGCCUGAACUUGUUAAGGACAUGGUGAGACAUGUCAGGAACCAAGUGGACAACCCAAACUACACAGCGUCCAUCAAAAUAAGGAUCCACAAGGACUUGAGGAGGACGGUGGAUCUGUGUCAGAAAGCCGAAUCAGCCGGUGUCUCCUGGAUAACAGUCCAUGGCCGUACAUCGGAGGAACGCCACCAGCCAGUCCACUAUGAUGCCAUAAAGACAAUCAAGGAGAGUGUAUCUGUUCCUGUGAUCGCCAAUGGAGACAUAAAGUACCUCCGUGACGUGGAGUCGACUCACCAGCUUACUGGUGUGGAUGGCGUGAAAACAAAGAUGACUCUACAGUGGACUGCUGUGGCGCUCUUCCUUUAUGCAGAGAUUGGCGUCAUUCUCAUCCUCUGCUUACCUUUCAUCUCGGCCAGAAGAUGGAAGAGUAUUUUCCAGCUGAGAAUUUGGAGCUGGAUGGCGAAAUUCUGGAACAAAGUUUUUCUCACCAUGAUCAUAGUCCUUAUUGUUCUCUUUCUUGAUGCUGUUCGUGAGGUCCGGAAAUAUUCAAACAAAGAAAUCGGCACAGACGCCAAGGUGCAGCCCAACAUGUUUGACCACCUGCACAUGAAGCUUUUUCGGGCUCAGAGGAACCUCUACAUCUCUGGUUUCGCAGUCUUCCUCUGGCUGGUUAUGAAGCGGUUGAUCACUUUAAUCAACCAGUUGGCGGCCGUGUCUGGGACUACAGCUGCUCUCCAGGCGCAGGCCGAUGACGCUAAUAAAGCAGCAGAGAAGUACAUGAAGGACAACGAGCAGCUGAAACAGACCCUGAUGCAAGGGCAGGGCGAUAAGGCAACCGCAGAGGGCAUGGAGCUGCUGAGGAAGGAAGUGGGGAAGCUAAAAGAUGAGCUGAAGUCCUCUGGUGAUGCAUUGAAGAAAUCUCAGUCAGAUGCAGAGGGAUUGAAGAAGCAGAUGGAGGGACUUGGCCGGGAGUACGAGCGGCUGCUGAAGGAACAUCAGGAGCUCCAGAAUCAGCACGAUAACGUGAACAAAAAGGACGACUAGUGGAGAUGGUUAAAUCAUCAAGAAAGCCACUGCAACAUAUCGCAUCAUUCUGAAACUCUGUCAUUGUGUAUAAAUUCGUAACGCUGAAUUGAAUUCUCAGAAGAGCAGACCUUAGCAAGUUGGGGUGGACAUUUGUUUUGUAUUUGAAUGACGAUUGGUUUCUAUUUCCUCUCACUGUAGUGUAACGGAAAAUUUCAGCUGAGAGCAAUCAGCAGCCGUCUGCAGGGUGGGUGGUGAUUAUAUGAUCACAGGUCACAUGGCGAGUUAAAUUAAUGUGCGCUGUCUAGUUCGAGUUGUUAAUUCAAGCUUUUUAAAACAGAUUAGCGUGCAGAAGCUGCUAAAAGCUAAAGACACCCGUCGCUGUUGUCAACGCUGAUAAAUGAAUGUUUGUGUUUAAGGUUUGUUUUUCUCACUAUGUUGCCGCCUUCUCACCUCCACGCAAACGCAGGACAAGUCUGCUUGUAAGCUUUCCACUUAGACGAGGCGUCUACACAGUUCUGCUGGAUUUCAGCCAACGUUCUCUCCCAAAUCGUUAGUCCCAAUUCUGCCAAGUUGUCUGGCGUAAAACACACCCUCCCUUUAUUUAUGUUUUUUUUUUUUUUUUUUGCUGUAAUCCGUUAAUGCUGAUGAAAUUCUCUCACAUAUAAACAGUCUUGUGUGGAUGAAAUGUGACCCUUUAAAAUUCUUAGCGUUUAAGUAUAAGACUUAAUAGACAUUUUAAUGUGUUACAGAAUGGGGUCCAGUGACUUCUAUAAUUGUUGCACUGCAUUUCACAUUUAUGUUUUACAAAACGGGAAUGUAUGAUUGUUUUAUUAAGUAUAUCUUUCCUUUAUGUUGGUUAAGAUGUGUCACUGUGUUUGAAAGUUUCUAGUUCUCUAUGCUAAAGUAGUUAUUUUAGGGAUUCACAACAUGGAUUGUAUGAUCUGUUCAGGUUUGUUUUUGUACAAAGAAAUCCGAUUGAAGUGCCUUUUUAGCUGGCCGUUAAUAAAAGUAGGUUUGGUUAUCCAACACUUUGGUUGGUUUCCAUCAUUGACAAAUACCAUCAAAACCAUCAUGGGAUUUUUCAUAGUAAAUGUUUAUUUUUGAUCAACAUUUGAUAUCUUUUCACAUUUUACAAAAAUAAUCCAGGAAAUGUAUUUACAAUCUGGUUACUUUAAUGCAGCUGAAUGCCUUUUACAUUAUUGAUGUUCCUUCCUAUAUGCGUCUCCGCUCUGCAUCUGUCUCACCAUGCCUGAAACUGACCCUGAAUAACCAACAGACAACUUGGGCGAAAAACACACUUUAAACACACAAAAGAGUAAAAUUAAACAAUUUUCUGAAGGAUAGAUUUUUUUGAGACAUCACUGAAAACCUUUUGAAUGAUUGAGAUUGUGUGAUGAGGAUUAUAACCCAUACUUUCAGAUCUUAAAUCUAUUACUUUGUAAACAGUGGCUGGUAAAAAAUAAUUGAUACUCUUACGUUACAGUGAUAAACAUCUGAACAUUGACCUUGCAAAACAGCACUGUAGCAUCUGAUUUGGUAAUUUAAUCACUCAAAAUGUUCCCCAUCGUGCAUAAGACUGUUGAACACAGAUCAAACCUGCCUACAGCAUUUAACCUUUAUGCAGAAAUGAA